GAAAAGUGUGAGAGAGGGAGGAACACAAUUACUGAGGAGGAUUCUGAAUUCCGACCACAGCGCUCAGUCGUUGACGAACAUCGAAACCGUUGGUUCUAUACUACUUGUAGUCAAGCGUUAACAUAUUUCCUAGAAGAAACAAAAAUGGUCGUCCAAGUUAUGAAUGCCGCUGAUUUGAAAAGCCAGCUUGAGAAAGCUGGAGAUAAUUUAGUUGUAGUUGAUUUCUUUGCUACAUGGUGUGGGCCUUGCAAGAUGAUUGCGCCCAAACUGGAAGAGUUAUCAAAGGAAAUGGAAGAUGUUAUCUUUUUGAAAGUUGAUGUAGAUGAAUGUGAAGAAAUUGCUAGUGAAUAUGGAAUUAGCAGUAUGCCUACCUUUGUUUUCAUCAAAAACAGUAAAGUGCUGGAAACCUUCUCAGGUGCUAAUUACGACAAACUUAAAAGCACAAUUCAGAAGCAUAAGUGAAUAAAUAAUUUUAAUGGCAAAAGUAUUUUUGAACAGAAUUGUCUAUUGGUUAUCAUUAAUCAAUAAAGGUAACUAGCAAAAAUUUCAUAAUCAGUAAAUAUGAAAUUAUGUAUUACUUGCAAAAUGUAAGGGACAUAAUUUUUUGUCAAUACAUUGUCAGUUUUAUUAUACAUAUUUUGUUGCAAAAUAAAAUGUAAUCAGCUUAUAAAAAAA